GUUUUGUUUAACGAACCUCAAGCGAGAAGAUGCGUCAGGAGGCGGCGUGGAGGGUUCAGAUGCUGCUCGUCAUUUGGUCCUUGCUCAGUUUGGGGACAGGCUUCCCGACCAGGCACAAGACUGUGGGCCACAAGGCUCACGGCCACCCGAGUCACAGCGGCGGGGUCCAGUACGUCCCCGAGGCUUUGGAGCAGCAGAACCAGGUCCAGAGUCUCCUGCCCGAGCCGCACAGCCACCAGAGGAGAUGGUCGCACCCUCAGCACCGCUCGGUUGGUGUUCUUCCGCAGCCGGAGCCCGAGGAGGAGACGAAACCCUUCAUCCUGGAUCUCAAGAACUUUCCAGACCUGGCCAACGCUGACAUCAACUCACAGAACCCAAACAUACAGGUAACCAUCGAGGUGGUGGACGACCCCCAGAUGGAGGUAGAGAUGGACCUUGCCAAGGAAAAAGACUGGCUACCGUCCUCGUCCUCGUCCCCCUCCUCCACGGUUGAUUGGCUCGGAGGGAAGAAGCUUUUCUGGCCCCUUUUCUGGAGUUACACCGACGCCGAUUCCAGCGAGGACAGCAACAGUCGCUCGGGCGCGGAGGAAACUGGCGAGGAAGAGGAGGAGGAAGAUUACUCCCUGGAUUACGGCAGCGAGGAGCCCUUACCCAGCGGAGUGGGCGGAGACUGGGACACGCAUUGGAACGAAGGCUGGGAUCCGAUGCAGAGCUACUAUGAGAAGGACACAGACGAGUGGACACCCUGGUCUCCGUGUUCGGUGACAUGUGGACACGGCGAGAGGAAGAGGACCAAGUCCUGUGGCUACUCGUGCACUCUGACGGAAGCCUCCAAGUGCGACUUGGAGCCCUGUCCUGGUGACGUCAACACAGUCGUAGAGCCUUUCCCCUUCGAGAUGGAGAACGGCACAGAGCCAUUUGGGACAGAUGUGGACAGCUGUGAGAAGUGGCUCAACUGUAAGAGUGAGUUCCUCCAGAGGUACCUCCAUCAGGUGCUAUCGGAGCUGCCCAGCUGCCCCUGCUCCUACCCCUCUGAGGUGGCGUACACCGUGGUCAGCGUCUACGACGAGUCUCACGGCCGGGAGUUCCGUUGGCGUGAUGCCAGCGGCCCGAAGGAGCGCCUGGACAUCUACAAGCCGUCGGCGCGUAGCUGCAUCCGCUCGGCGCUCUCCGGCGACUCGUCGACUCUCGCGGCGCAGCACUGUUGUUACGGCGAACGUGGGCGGCUGAUCACACGCGGGAAAGGCGCGGGAACGCCGAACCUGAUCAGCACCGAGUUCUCGCCCGAGCUGCACUUCAAAGUGGAUGUGCUCCCUUGGAUCCUGUGCAAGGGAGACUGGAGUCGCUUCCACGCGGUGCGGCCACCCAAUAAUGGACUGAGCUGCCCGGAAAACCCCCACGAAGACGUGUUCAUGAACGAACUGGAAGAGGCCAGGGAGUACUGACAGCCAAAACUACCACUUCACUCAGAGAGUCAGAGGGCCCAAUCCUAAUCUGAAGAGACUGCCUACCUUAAAAGUCACGACCAUACUACGCCUGAACCAUGCAUCAAGCAUUAACAUGCAUUGACUGAGAGGAAAUGCUCAUUUGUGAUUGGGAGAUUUGUGUUUUUGUUUUGUUUUUUUUAGAUAUGAUGCUGAAGCGUGGCUGUCUCAGAGUUAGGAUUCGGGUACAGCGUCCUGAUAUCAGGCUCAGCUGAACUGAACUGAAUUGCAAGAAUGGAAAAAAAAAAAAAAAAAAAAAAAUUGCAGUGUUCUCCCAUCGCUUGCCAAUCUGUUCCACAUCUGGCAUGACAUCAAGCUCUCUCUCCCUCUCUCUUCAUAUUCAGUUCGCUCUCCUGGGUGCGUGUAAGCAUGAUGUCUACCUACUGGGUUUUUUUUUUUUUUUUUUUUUUUUUGGUGGUGUCCUGGAGCGCUCGUGAUUGACAACAGCAACAUAUGGUAAACAUCGUGAUCACGCUUCUCGUAGGUUUUUUUUUUUUUUUUUUACUUUUAGGAAACGUAUGAAUGUGGGCUGGUCACACUGAUUUAAACAGACAAACACAUGCAUGGGAAGAGUCCAACAGAUGAAUAUCCCAACUAUGCUGCUACAAUAUAUAAAAUCCUUCAGGUUUUUUUUUUUUUUCUUUCUUUUUUACAAAGGUAUUAAGGUGAACAAGACGACAGGACAUCUGUAGACCCAGAAGAUGCCACGGGGCGUUCACAGUAAUGCACUUUUCAGCCAGUCUUUUGCAACACUAAAACGAUUAAUGCUAGAAGAAAGUUUUUUUUUUUUUUUUUAAACCAGAGAAGUAAGCUAAAAGGAUCCAAAACAUCCUGCUGUCAUUAUCUAGCUUGCUAGUGUAAGAAUUAUGAGACUAGCCCUUCAGCGGUAAAUGGUCACACACAUUUGAUUUCAUGUGUUUCCUCACGUGUUCACAGCCAAGGAAGACAUAUGAUCUGGGUGCCAAAGAGUUAAAUAUCAGACUGGUGCCUGUGUAAAUCCAGCCUCCGAAGUCUCUACGGUGCAAAUGUAGGAUAAAAUUAAGCUCUACAGUGAGCAGAUUGUGCUCAUAGAUGUUCUCAGGGGGACUAACCGACCAGGAUAAACAUAAUUUGUUCAUUUACCUCGACAGUGGAGCUCUAUUGGAACGUGUACAAAGUGUAUUGGGGUACAGAUUAAGCAGGAGGGUAUCGGAUGUGUAAUCCAGAUUGGAAAAAAAAAAAUCGAUUAACGUAAGAAGGAAAAAGAUAAAAUAAAUAAAGCUUUCAGAAAAGCAAUCGGAGCCCUUACAACUGAGUAGUUGUUGACGCAUUGUGUGUGGUAGAAAAGAUGUCAUUGCUGUUUAAGCUGUUGGCUUAGGGGUCUUUGGGUUUAUGUACAGAACUUGAUUGGAUAGAAAGGACAUUCCUCCUCAAGUAAACAUUCCCGAGAAGGUCCUGUGGUUGGAUUCCUUAACCUGGUGAGCGUAUCAGUGUAAUAUACAGACAGUAGUCUAGUCGUAGCGGACGGUGGUCUUCCACAGAGGAAUGAAAAGGCGGACGCGUCUCACUCUAAAGACAGUGGCAUUAAUUCUGUGUUAUUUACUCAUAAAUACCUUUUAAUAGAACGCCAGGAACUGUCCCUUCUAUCCAGUCUAAUUCUGCGGACGUUCGCUCCAAACCUUUUUUUUUUUUUUUUUUUUUUUUUUUUUCAGGAAUUCUGCUUCCAGAUGUGCUCAUGCAAACACGCAUUCACAUGUUGGAACCACCGAUUUUUAAAGGAAGGCACUUUAUUUAAGGUAUAUAUAUGUAUAGAUAUAUAGAUAAUGCAUAUCUAUAUCUAUAUAUAUAUAUACACACACAAAAGAUAUAUCAAAAUGUACUCAUGUUUGCCAUUUGUUGAUGAUAGUGUUUAUUGUGGAGGGAAAACUCGCCGGAAAUGCUGCAUUGUUCUAUGAAAGUGCGUAUAUAUCAAGUGUCCUGUUGAGGAAGGCAUGAUGAUGAUGAUGUUGUGAUUUUUUUUCUGAAUCUAGUAUUACAUAUAUAUGGUGUUGUACAGUAUUUAUUUGUCUGUUCUCUCUCUCUCUUUUUUUUUAAAGUUUGCUGAAGCUUUGAAAAUGUCUAUACUCAACAACGGUGCACUAAUCGGACUGAGAGAAAAAAAAAAUAAAAAAUGAAGGCACCCGUUAUCGAUUUAAGAAAAAAAAAAGAAAAAAAGGGAAACCACUCGCCCUCAUAACCUCAUAUCACUUCAUACAGCAACAUCAAGUGUCUGUGUUUCAUUCUGCUUUGUACUGCAGUGCUCUAUGAAUAUGUUGUUGCGAAUUAUGCUGAAGAAAUAUAUAUAAAGACCUUGCAUUCAUCAUCUGA